AUGUCAAGUAAAAAAAAAUAUACAGGCGGAAAGCCAAGACAUAAUCUUAUCACGCAUAUAAUUCCUACGAAUGAAUAUGUAAAUCCAGAAAAACCUAGUGAUAAAUGGUGUUUAUGUUAUUAUUGUAAUAAAGUUAAUGAAGAAUUACAAAAUUAUGAAAGGUCUCGUAUAGAUUUUGAUAAUGCUUUUGAAUUUGAUUCUGACGAUAAUAAUAAUUAUGAUUCAGUAUCUAUUUACUCAGAACAAACUACAAGAUCAACAGAAUCUACUACGAGUCAAAGUACUAAUAUAUUACAAAUUUCUAAUCCAAAUAAAAUAAUACAUUAUAUAGCUCGUACACUUACUUGUAAAGAACAAACCCAAUUUGAAAAAAGUAUUCUUAAUAUGACUAUUGAAAAUGGGUAG